AUGCAAAUUGUCUGCUUGGGACUGCUUCUAUCCCAUCUGACCUGGGCAGCACCAACGGUUCAACCACAGGCUGAGAAAACUAGGCAAGACUGUGUGGAAGAACAGAGGGUCACCUACAAGGGUCACCAUGAGAAACAUGGGUAUUAUAUUUUCAAGUAUGUUUACACAUCACCUGGGAGGAAAAAUCAAACGGACAUAAAGGAAGAAAGAAACAAAGACAAUAUUGCUCUUCACCUUUCUGGCAAGAGAAGAAAUCAAGAGCCAGCAUUUAAAGACAACAUUGCCCAAGAGAGAGAGAAAGACUUGUCCCUCCUUGGAGUUGAUAAAAAUAACCAAAUUAGUAAAUCCCAAAAUCUUUUUGAAAAUAGACAGACAACGAAUGAAGACUAUAGUAUUAGUCACAAAGAUAACGCCCACAAUGACCUACAGACGCCCAUUUACCCCGAAUCCACUGGGAAUUAUGGGUCUGAGGAUGGAGACGAUGUUCUCAGCGGACUUCAUGACCAAGAAGAAUAUGGUGCAGCUCUCACCAGAAAUAAUACACAACUUAUAAUGGCGCCAGGAGCUGUGAUUGAACCAUUAGGGGACGAAAACAAAGAUAUCAAACCCAGGAAUGUUCCGAGCAAAAUUCCAGCAAGUGCAAACCAUGCUAAAGCCCCCUCAAAAGGUAAGAAGAAUCAUCAAAGAGAUCCGCAAGCCCCCGAUAUUCCAGCCAAAGGCAAAAGCACGCACCACAUCCAGUACAACACAGACUAUCUAAAACAGUUCCCCACACUCAAAAAAAUCCCCAGUGAUUUCGAAGGCAGCGGUUAUCCAGAUCCUCAGGAGAGGGGGGACAGUAUCUCUCCUUUCAGUGGAGAUGGCCAGCCUUUUAAGGACGUUUCAGGUAAAGGAGAAGCUAUGGGUCCUGACCUGGAGGGUGCAGAUAUUCAAACAGAGCUUUCAGGCCCGGGGGAAGCAGAGACCAUUGACCCCGAAACAGGAGGCCCGGGUUAUAACGAAAUCCCAGAGAGAGCAGAAGAUGGCAGAAAUGCCAUUGGAACCCGAGGUGAAACAGCACGAGAGGCAAACACCGCCGAUGUUAGCCUCGUGGGGGGCAGCAACGACAUCAUAGGGAGCACCAAUUUCAAGGAACUCCCUGGAAAAGAAGGAAACAGAGUGGAUGCAGGCGGCCAAAAUGCUCACCAAGGGAAAGUGGAGUUUCAUUACCCUCAUGUACCCCCAAAAGAGAAAAGAAGAGAAGGCAGUCGUGACGUUGCUGAAAGUACGAAUUAUAAUGAAAUCCCGAGAAAUGGCAAAGCGGGGAGUAGGAAAGGUACGGAACAUUCUAACAGGAAUCAAGUGACCGUGAGUGAAAAGCAAAGGUUUCCUAGUAAAAGCCAAAGUCCAGGCCAGCUCAUUCCUCCUCAGGGCCUUGACAAUGACAUUAAAAGUGAAAUAGGUUCCCACAGUGACCCCAAUAAUGAGGGGACUAUACCCGCACACAGUGGGAGAAAUCAGUACGGUCCCCACAGGCAGAACAGCUCCGCCUGGGGUCAGGGUCUGCCGCGGAGAAGGGGCUCCUGGGCUCACAGAAAAUCCCACCCCAGCAGGAGGGUGAGGCCCCCCAGAAAGCACGGCAGCAGUGAGUCAUCUGACAGCACCAGCUCCAGCGAGAGCGAUGGGGACUAG